AUGUACCUGGCCCGUGCGGUGAACGAUGAUUUCCCUCCGCUUGAUUGCUCAUUGAAAGAUGCUCAGCCCAUUGACCCCUUUGGUUUCCUCAAGUCACAGCUCCCCAGCGAGUCUGCUGGCCGUGCUGGAACCCCGAGUCUUCCUCCUGGUCUUCCUUUGCCUCACGCGCAUCCGGCGUCUGCGGCUUUUCAAGAGCACAUGAGCUCGUCAAAGCCGUCAUCCCCUGCGCCAAUUAUGCCCCCGGGAUUAAGUACCAAUGUCUCACGAGUUGGAACCCCCUCAAUGCAGAACGCGAUGUCUGAAUCUCGUUCUAUGACUCCUGAGAUGCAUAGUCGAACCGCUUCCAUAUCUGCUCGUGUCAAGGACGCUUCUCAGAUUUCCUUUGGGUCUCCCGUGGCCAAAUCAGCUAACAAAGCUCGGCUCAACACCAGGGGCGACCUGCGUCUUGCUACUGAUGAGAAAGACCUUCUUUCUCAAGCCGACCAAAGUCCGCUUACUGGCACACAGGCAAGCCCCGCCAGUCUGACCAUGCCAUUGACUACCCAGGAAGUUGCCUCUACCAAGUCUGAACGUGCUUUCUCAGGCACAUUUGCCUCUGCAGCGGGUUCGAUCUCCGCGAUAGGCUCAAGGCCUAAUACUCCGUUAACCGUUGCCUCGCGCGUCUCCGAGUCGUCCGCUCGUCAGCCGCGGGUUAUACGUGUAGUCGACACCCCGAAACCUGGCGUUCCACCCUCUGCUGGCAAUGCACCGUCCAUUACGGCCUCUACUACCACUGUGGACAACGGAUUUCUUCACCUCAACAUCGGCAUCGCGUGCCAACUCCCCCCGGGCUCGUCUCGUAUCGGCUCCGCUCCAGUCCGCUCAAUCACAAAGAGUCAGGCCAAGAAGGAGCGACGACAGAAGGCUAAGGAAGCCGAGGCCAAGAAAGUUGAAGCCGUGUCUGUUCCCGAGGAGCCCAUCCAAGCUCCUAUCAUGGGAAGAAAGCGGAAGACCAAGAAGGCAUCUUCAACCGCUAUCGACUCCACCGACGGAGCUUCGGCCAGCGUCCCUGAAAUCAUAAGUACCGCUAAAUCCGCCCCCGAGUCUCCCAAGAAAGCCGAGCCUAAGCCUGAGCCUCCAAAAAAGACGAAGAAGGAGGAGCAACCUGUGCACGAUACCAAACCAGCUGGCAUGGAAGAACCGCCCGUUCAGCCAAAGCCCCCUGUGGAAGAAGCCUGGCGUUCCCACAACACCCUUCAGCAGGCCAACAAAGAUGCAGAGGAGACUGGUCGUUCUAUUAGAGAUAUAUUGAUGGAAAGAACGAAGCCUCUUCAUGAGAUACUUGCUCAGAUGCACAAAACCGGCUUGUUGGAUCUCAACAAAAGUUCCUUGUUCAAUCCGGCCAACCUCAGCCAGCGUGCCGAUAUGAAGUGCACGGCCGAUGAUUACGACCAGUUAAAGCAGCCCAUUGACUUGACUGAUGAACACCGGAAAGCUCUGCGCCGUGGCGAGCCAAUCCGGAUUGGCAAUGAUCAGCUCAAGAACCGUUGCUUGAUCACUCCUCGAGGCUCCGUCCUUCGUCACCUGGAACCCGAGGAAGAAGCGCGUUACCUUGAGCUAGAGAAGCAGCGAAAUGGACUCACUGACCCGUUUGUUGUCGGUGAUGACUCCAGCAACAUCAACGGCGGUCUCGAGGCCCUGUUCGCGACUCCGGAGAAGUACAAUAUCCGCUGGGUGGACGAAAUGGCCCGUCUGGGCGCUACAUCUCCCAGCGCUGCCCUGGACGCUGUCGAGACCGUCGUGCCUCCCAAUGUCUUGUCCGCAAUGGAAGCAGACAGCACCCGCAGCCACGACUGGGCUGUCGCACACUCCGCUGAGCUCCUCCAAACCACUACCGCCGCCGUGCGCUCCUUCGCAGCUGCUACUGCCAAGCAAAUUCUUGGCUCUGCCGGUAUGCACGGAAGCAACCCCAGCCUGGAUGAUGUUGCCGCUAUGACGAAUGAAGAGCUGAAGGAUCUCGCCGGCCGUUCCCAAAAGGAUCUGGAGAGCACUCGUAAGGAGCUGGACUCGCUGGACAAGAAGUUUGCUGCCCUGCUUCGCCGGAACAAGAAGGUUCAGCAGCAGGCGCUCUCGAUGGUUGAUUCCCCCAAUUGA